GAGCCAUGAAGUGUUAAAUGGUCGAAACAGAGAGCGCUGCGCUCAGACACCUGCACGCGGGGAGAGAGGGAGGAAAGAGCGGCGCUCCAAUGCGUCUGUGCAACACAGACUGAAGAAAAAAAACUUAUCGACUCGCAAAAGCAACCUGCGCUGCGCAAUUAGUGUGAGAAAACACACUUUUCCUUCGGUUUUGAAGAAAAUAAAUAAAGAAAUCAAGCUGGCUCAGUGCGUGUCUCAGCAGCCUACUUUGACAGGUGCUCCUCACCCCCUUUGGAGGACUGUCAACAGCAAGAGGAUGGCAUCAGAGCUGGCAAUGAGCAACUCCGACCUGCCCACCAGUCCCCUGGCCAUGGAAUAUGUUAAUGACUUCGAUCUGAUGAAGUUUGAAGUGAAAAAGGAGCCGGUGGAGCCCGAUCGCAGCAUCAGCCAGUGCAGCCGCCUGGUCGCCGGGGGAUCCCUGUCUUCCACCCCGAUGAGCACGCCUUGCAGCUCGGUUCCCCCCUCUCCAAGUUUCUCGGCGCCCAGUCCGGGAUCAGGGAGCGAGCAGAAGGCGCACCUGGAGGACUUCUACUGGAUGAGCGGCUACCAACAGCAGCUGAACCCCGAGGCUCUGGGUUUUAGCCCGGAGGACGCCGUAGAGGCGCUGAUCAGCAGCAGUCACCAGCUCCAGUCUUUCGAUGGCUACGCCAGGGGGCAGCAGUUUGGAGCUUCGGCCGGCCCGGGGGGCGCCAUGGCCGGGGAAGAGAUGGGCUCAGCGGCCGCUGUGGUGUCCGCUGUUAUAGCAGCCGCAGCGGCUCAGAAUGGGACUCCUCACCAUCACCACCACCAUCACCACCACCACCCGAGCGCGCACCAUCCCGUGUCCGGCACACAGCCCGGCGGAGCUGCGGGGAACCACUCGCACCUGCGCCUGGACGACCGUUUCUCGGACGAGCAGCUCGUCACCAUGUCCGUCCGGGAGUUGAACCGGCAGCUCCGCGGGGUCAGCAAAGAGGAGGUGAUCCGGCUCAAACAGAAGAGGAGGACGCUAAAGAACAGGGGCUACGCGCAGUCCUGCCGCUUCAAGCGCGUACAGCAACGGCACGUGCUGGAGGGCGAGAAGACGCAGCUGCAGCAGCAGGUGGACCACCUCAAAGCCGAGAUCUCGCGGCUGGCCAGGGAGCGGGACGUCUACAAGGAGAAGUACGAGAAGCUCAUCAGCACCGGCUUCCGAGAGAACGGCUCGGCCAGCGACAACAACCCGUCCUCCCCGGAGUUUUUCAUGACAUCGAGAAAAUUCCUCCAUCUGUGAUAGAGAGCCAAGACUGUACAUCCCACACUCUGAGAUUUCACCAGAACCUCCACCUGCGGCACCCGGACUGCCACAAAGCACAAUCCCACUGCAAGCGUCAGGGAGACCCAACCUCCACACUCAUACCACUAACAAUGGACUGACCACGGAUUCUUCCACAUCUGUCAACAUG